AUGUUGGCCCCCGGGCCAGGCGAGUAUGAAUCAAAAGUGAAGGUCGGCUGGCAGGAAGGCAUCGACCAGCUGAUGUUGACUACCACUUCCGACCUUUGCCCGUACAGGAUCAUCGGCAUCGCGAAGAUCACGGACUCGUUAUCAAAUGGAUUCGGCGCAUCCACAGGCAUGAAGAAUAUUUCCAAUUGCAGCAUGUCCCAUUAA